GAUUCAAGACUUUUGUGACCCACGACAACUUUCUUGUAUUAUGCUCCACCUGAGUUCAGAUCUGCUUCAUUUUUUGGAUCUAUGCCCUAAAAUAAGUUUCCAAAACGUGGCAUGGAUACAAGGCAUAUACGUCACGGUGGGCCCAUAGUCAGGGAUCUCACCCACCUAGUGGAUUGGGCUGAGCUGGUGAGGGAAAGGAGAUAAUUGGUGAAGAACUGCCAAACAGUGGAGCAAUUUUUCUACCAGACACGUGGCAUAGUGAUCUACAUAUCUAGUCUUCUAAUGUGUCUCGCAUCUGAAACGAAUGGCUCAUAUGCUAAUUUAGAAUUCUCAUCAUGCCAUAUUUUGUAUUUAAAUAGGUAGGAUAGAAAUGCAAUGAUAGUACUUACACAUUAUUUGAUUGUCAUCUCACACUACCCGAAAAUCGCUGAUUAGGAACGGUUGCAUCUUUGGUUUAGGAAUGGGAUUAAGCCGUUCCUGAUGUGAAUGGUUUUAAACUGUCCCUACACUACCAAAAAACCCCCAAAAUCAUGAAAAAACUCCGGAUCUCUCUUUCCUAGCGAUUUUUAUGGUUUUUUCCUCUCUUAUUUCCAUUUCCAUCGAAAAACCCUCUUCAUGCUCUGAUGAAAUAUCCAUCCUCCUUCAAGCCACCUCUCUCCCUAACCAUUUAUACCAUUACAACAACAGCUUCAUUUCUACAAAAGCUCUAUCUAUCUCUCCAUUUGUAGUCUAGGGUUUUCCGGUUAUGGGGUUCUAAGAAUGAUGAAAAGCAAAAUGGUUGCAUCCGUCGAGUUCUAUAUUGGCAUCAACGAACUCAACAAUGUCAUCUUUCUAGCGGCCUGUGGAAGAUCUACCAAGGCGCUCAUACAGAUUGAGAAUUGUCUAAAUGCGGAAUCGAAUGGAAUGUGCCUGUAGCACUGGGAAAGGCAAUCAAAGAUGCUCCUGGCUCUCACAUUUACCUCCUGUCAAGUUCUCGUCUAUUAGCUGGACUCACGGUAAUAAAGGUUUCUUUAUUCUUGUUAUCCGGCUCCGAAGGAAGGGGAACAAUUGGAUGCUGAGACAGAGACCAACAUUAACAUUAAUCAUGAGGUCUAUUAUCAUUUCUUGGGUACAGAUCAAUCACAAGCUAUUUUGUGCUGGAAGGAUCCAGACCACCCAAAAUGGUCAUUUUCAGUUGAAGUCACCGAGGACGGAAAGGUAACAUGCUCUCUGCUCAU